UAUCGAAGUACCGGACAGAGCUGGCUCGUCCGCAUUGCCGUAUUCAUCUAUCAGUGUGUCACGUCUAGUUGGCGAAGCAAUUUAGGGAACGUACAUUCGGGGUCGGUAUUGUUAACUUUGCGACUCAAGAGUUUUGUCGGAGAAAUUAUUAUAAUUAUUAAUUUUUGGUGACCUUUUUUCCGCUCUUGGCACGAAGUUAAGAAGUUAAUUUUCACCUGUUAAACACCACUCUCUUUCUUUCGACGUGACUGUUUGCACAAGUUCUGUGGCACAAAUAAUGAAAGGGCGUCAUCAAUUUCGCCGUCGUUUUAGUCUACAACCUUCAGCACACUUAAAAGAAGGACAGGAGGAUGGAACAACAAAGAACGUCAGAAAUGAAAAACUAACGGAAUCGAACAGUGAUAGUGGAAAGUCGUCCGAAAGUUCAGUUCGGCAUAAAAUUGUAGUGAUGGGCGCAGCAAAAGUCGGCAAGUCUGCAAUCAUUAAUCAAUUCCUGUACAAUACUUUCACCCCAAAGUAUAAGCGAACUGUCGAAGAGAUGCAUCAUGGGAAUUUCAACGUUUCUGGAAUUCAUUUAUUACUCGAUAUCCUCGAUACGUCCGGUUGGUACGAAUUCCCUGCGAUGAGAGAGCUUUACAUCAAAUCGGCUGGCGCCUUUAUUUUAGUUUACGAUGUAAAUGAUUCAAAUACAUUUCUCGAGGUGAAAACACUCCGCGCCCAGAUACACAGCACAAAAGGAGAAGUUCCGAUUGUGGUCGUUGGCAACAAAAUCGAUCUUGUAAAAACAGAAAAAGAGGUGGAGACCGAAAGGACUAGAGAAUUUGUAACUACGACAUGGAAAAAUGGCUUUGUAGAAGUAUCUGCAAAGGACGACCUCAACAUCUCUCAAAUAUUUAAGGAACUUCUUAUCCAAGCGAAGUUGAAAUAUGAUUUGAGUCCGGCAUUACAACAUCGCCGUCGACAAUCUUUGCCGCCUCCACAACAUUCAAACUCGCGCAGCAGCAGCAGUACCCACGUGCCGUCCGCGACUCAGUUACAACAUUUGCAACAAGUUCAUGAGCGUUCCGAUUCCAAAAGGAAUUCCUGUAGUCUAUCGUAAAAUGAGAACUCUUUAAUAUUGUCGCGAAAUAUUUUUCUUGAUAAUACCGAAUUAGUUCAGUCCCGUGCAAUUAUCCAGUUAUUAUACAAUGUGUCAAGCGAUUAAUUGAUCCAAAUUUAUUUGAGGAUUACAAAUGUGAUAUGGACCUUGGAUCGGUCACACGAAAUUUGGAUAACUCGCGCAAAUCCGUGAAAAAUAUUCGAUAUUCACAAUAUCUACAAUUCGGUAUUUGUCCAUAAUGUUCUUUUGCUGUUUCGGAAUCUUUAACGCAUUAGAAAUACGAAUCAAACUUUCUAUGAAUAUUUAACGUUAGUUGGAAAACAUUUAAAAAUGCUAUU